UAAAAAAGACUCUCGUGUUUCAUCAAAUAAAUUUUUCUUUUUAAAAUUAAAAUAUACAAACAGCAAAAUAAACAUAUACAAAAAUUAUUUUUAUUUGUCAAUUUAUUGUACAUGAUGAUUCAAGUAGUUAAAUUAUUUAUACUUUUUAUUUUAUUUGACACACUUAAUUGUCAAUUUGAAGAUGAUCAAUUUGACUUAGACGAAGGCUGGUUCACCGACGACAAAUACAAUGACCCUUAUUUUGUCGCAUUGAGAAAUAAAAAUGGUCUAAUUUUUCCAGGAACCAAAUGGUGUGGUGAAGGUACCAAGGCAAUGAAUGAUACAGACUUUGGCACAUUUAUUGAAACCGACAAAUGCUGCAGAUCUCAUGAUUUUUGUCCAUCGAUUAUAAAAGCUGGACAUAAAUGGCAAGAUUUAACAAAUUCAGACUCAUCAACUAGAUUAAGCUGUAAAUGUGACAAUGAAUUUUAUGAAUGCCUCAAAAAAAUUCAAGAUGUGCCAAGUAAAACAAUUGGAACAAUAUUUUUUGAUGUAUUAAAAAAAAAAUGUUUCGAAAAAACAUUUAAUGGAAAAUAUGUAUGGCGCUCAUCGAAAUCAUAUUCAAGUGAAACUUUUACAAAUUAUAUCAAGCAAUUUAACAAGACAUCAUUCAAUGAUUUUGAUAUUUAAAAAUAAACCAAAAAUAUUUUUUUAAUUCCAAAAAGAAAAGCAUACUAAUUUUUGUAAUAAAAAAUUUUUUUGUUAUUAAUUUUA